UGUUUUAAUACAGGGUAUUGCCAGCAUAUCCACCGAGAUGGAAAUGAAGUCAUACUUGUCCACUGCAUGGAUUCAUCAGACACUUCUGAUGCUUCUGUGAGGCUUGGAAGAGAAGAACAGAUGCUUGAACUGGAGAAAGGAUUUAUUGAUAAGAUGUCUACAUAUGGAGUGGACGCUACCAUACGUCAGAUCUCCGGCAAACCGGGUGAAGCCAUCUGCAAAGCCGCCGAAGAGGAAUGUGCCACCGUGAUAAUUACUGGGACUCGUGGAUUGGGGAAGCUGAAAAGAGCAUUCCUUGGUAGUGUCAGCGAUUACAUAGUCCACCACGCCACAGUACCAGUGUUAGUGUGCAAAAGUGGAGAUGACAAAGAAAAGGACGGUGAUGACGAAAAGAAAGACAGAAGGUGGAGCAGAAAGAAGAUGCAGAAUGCUCAAUGCUUGCCUGUAUAAGGUAAUUAUAAAACGAAAUAGAAUAAACACGGAAACUGAACGAAUCCCAUCCAUUCAGUUGAUACAUUCAUCCAAUUGCUGUCAACCCAGCAGUCCAUUGUCUUCGUCUGAUAAUUGCCAUAUUUAUACAACGUUAUAUUUGUUUAACAAAAUUAAAAAAAACAAUGAUAACCAAGCUAAUCUAAAACUUUCAUUAACAUUUGUUUUCCGUUGCGGGCUUCCUCUUAUAGCAUUCGCCCUGAUUGUUUUAUCAUACUCAAGUGUGGUGACAUCAAUUUUUAUUUCUGUUGUUUUUAUAUACACAUGUUAAGAAUUGUUACAACGGAUUCUGGAAAGUGAAGUUUGCAUGUCCGUACAUUGCUUUUGAUGAUUUUCCUGACGUCCUUGAGUGAUUUACAACUAAAUGGAUACAUAACUUUGUAAA